GCCCUCCUCUCUCUCACACUCUGUGUAUAUCUCAUUCGCCCAUUUUCUCCAUUAACUGUUAGUCGUCAGUUUGAUUCAGCUCAGAGCUGAGAUGUUGCUGUUUCUCUGACCAAAGUCUGGACACAAAGAGGCUCUCAAAGCUGGAGGACCAACUGUAGGAGCUUUUGACUGAAAUACGCCCCAAUAAAGGGGGAUCACACGUGGGCCACCAUGUUGGGACAGAGCGUGCGAUUACAGCCGGUUCCCAUCCAGAGUCUGUCAGAGCUGGAGCGAGCCAGGUUACAGGAAGUCGCCCUGUACCACCUGGAGGAGAGGGACCUGGACUUCAAGAUCAGCAUACCCAAAGAAACUCACAAACGGAGAAAAUCUCUGCGCAGGAAGUUUGACUCCUUUUCAAAGGAAAAGAAAGAGCGAGAAUCUGCUCCCAAGGCAUUUGGGAUCCCGCUUUCCCAGGUCAUCGCCAAUGACCGGGCCUACAAGCUGCGUCAGGAUGCCCUGAAGGAGAGCAGGCGCGACUGCCUGGACCUGGAGGCCAGCAUCUUGCGAUUCAGGGCGGAGAAACGGCAAUUCUUCAGUGUGAGCAAGCCUUUGGUCGGCUCCUCGUCAAUCACCGGAGGAGGGCCAGGCUCCCCAUCUGCAAACUCGGUGGCACCCGCACCAAUUUUUGACACUCAGACCAAACCGCUGUCACCCACAUUUCUGGAUAACACCGGAAGAGGACAGAGGAGGGGUGGUCUGUCAGUGGACUCCAUCUCUGACCUUGUAGAGAGUCAGUCUCGCCUGCUGGAGGCGUUGCAGCUUUCCCACCCGGCCGAACUGGAAUUGAUCAAGUCGCCGAGCUCGUCAGAGGGAAGGACCCAAACCAAGCUCAGCCUCAACCCCAUCUACAGACAGGUGCCUCGGGUGAUGGAGAGGUGCUGCAGCCACAUCGAAAAUUACGGUCUUCAGACUGUGGGUAUUUUCCGAGUUGGCAGCUCUAAGAAGAGAGUGAGACAGCUGCGGGAGGACUUUGACAUGGGUGUUGACGUCCAACUGGAUGAUGAGCACAGCGUCCACGAUGUGGCAGCGCUGCUCAAAGAGUUUCUGAGGGACAUACCGGAUCCUCUGCUGCCCAGAGAGCUCUACCCUGCCUUCCUGCAUGCCAACUUGCUGAGGGGAGCAGACCAGCUGCAGUACCUCCAGCACCUCCUCUACCUGCUGCCUCCAUGUAACUGCGACACGCUGCUGCGUCUCCUCACCUUGUUACACACAGUGCAGAGCUUCGCGCAGGACAGCAUAGGAACCAACGACGAGGAGAUACCUGGAAACAAGAUGACGGCUGCUAACCUGGCCGUGAUCUUCGGGCCGAACCUGCUUCAGAAGGAACGUGGAGGAGAUGUGAGCCCGCAGGCGAUGGGGAUCGAGGACAGCACGGCCAUCAUCAGCGUCACUCUGGUGCUCAUACAGAACUACAAGAGACUCUUCACGGUAUCUGCAGAGCUGCAGCAGGAGGUCCUGAUGAGUCUGAUCCAGACCGACCCGGACAUCAUCGACUACCUGCUGCGUAGGAAACUCAGCAGCAGUCACCUGACGGUGGAGAGCAGCAGCGAGUCAGGGGGUCGUCGGGACACGGGGGCGUCUCUGGACUCAGUGGGAGCCUCCAGCGGCAGCCUGUCACCACUGGAACCCCCAUCACCGCUUUUCCCCCCAGAUGGGAGCGGCGGCGAGGGCAACCUGACCAGCGAGGUCUUCCUGAACGUCCUCAAACUGAACCAGAACAGGAAGCGGCAGGAGACCAGAUAUGGUGAGGUCCCUCCAGGUAAAUCCAUCCGCCACAUGCGUCAGUUCCACUCCCACCACAACCUGCUCAGCCUGUCCCAGCCCUCCUUCUCUUCCUCCUCCACCUCCAGGCUCCACAGUCAGGACGCGGACACUCAGGACCGCCGAGGCCCAGGUCUGAGCUCCGCACUGAGCUUCUCUCUGAGUGGAGGAAGCUGCUCGAGUCUGAGCGUCUCGACCGAGAACAGCAUCUGGGUGAGGCAGACGCCGCAGGAGGAGAGCAAGCCAUCGCCAACUGCUAAUUUCUGGGACUUCUUCACCGGGAAAGGGUCGGGCUCAGAGACGAUGGUAUGAUGGAAGGCGAGAAGAGGAGGGAGAAACGGUGUGUGGGUGCUGACAGAGGUCAGAAGGAAAGAAAGAAAUGAAGGACAAACUUUUUAAGCCCAAUUUCUCAGACAUAAAGAAAUGAAGGAAGACUGAAGGCAUCAAUGAGAUUAUCUGGAAGUGGAUGCAGUAAUUAUCACAGUGUAAAUAACAUGUAUGUUAUGUAUUCAUAUUUCUACCAACUAGAACUGCAUACCUGACUGUAGCUGCAUCGUCUGACACUCUGUAUAGAGAAACCAUACCAGGCUUCCUUUGGUUUUCCUGCAACCUGCAAUCAGCCGCUUUUGCAAAUGUGAAUCAGCCACUUAUCAUUCAGCAGUGAUCGAAAACACCUGAAGGCAUUUAAGGCAUGACGAAAAGCUCCAGUUAGAGCCAGAAAGGGUUUUUCACAGUGAAUAUUGCAGGUCAAAAGGCUCAGUGUGCUUGGAUCUGGAGUAAAUGUGGUCAAAGGUUACAGCAGCACUUCAAUUAUUAUACUUGAAUAUGUAAUUAGGAUGUUUCACAUUCACUCGGUGUCCUGAUGAUGCUGAAAAAUGUACCUAGAAAAGAGGUUCUGAGACAUCUUUGCACCUGAAAACCUGUAAAUUAAUUAUUAAAGCUGUUUUCCCCCCUACCUCAGUGGAGGGGGGAAAACAAUUCCAUAAUCCCUUUUAGCAAGUACAUACGCCGGCUCGCCCUCUGGGUUUUUAGGCUUUUAGGUACAGGCUUCACAGGAGCUAAGAUGUGGCGGUGUAAGGAUUUGUGCAGGAAUUAUUCUGGGUUAAAUCUACGCUAUAGUUACACUAUAUUGCCAAAAGCAUUCGCUUACCUGCCUUCACAUGCAUAUCAAACAUCCCUAAUCCACAGGGUUUAAUAUGAUGUCGGCCCACCCUU